CAGCGCGCUCAGUUGGUUUAGACGUGUUCACGGAGCUCUUACAAAAGCCACUCUUGGUCCACGAAAAGAGCGUUAAGCCAAAAGGGCAGAGAGAGAGAGAAAUAUAAACAAACAAAAGCAGCUCUCCCAGUGGUGGCUAUGAAAAUGAUCGGCAGCGAUUACGUACUGGAAGCCCAUAACAUUUUCCAUACCACCGAGGUGGAUGGUGGUGGCUGUUUUAAUGGAGCCGGCAACUCGGCCCUGGUGCUCAAAGGCGUCAAUCUCACAGUGCACAGCGGCGAGGUUAUGGCCAUUCUGGGUUCGAAAGGUAGUGGUAAGAGGGCUCUUCUAGACGUCAUUUCUAGGCGUGCUGAUGGAGCUACUCGCGGUCAGGUGCUGCUCAAUGGAUCCCCUCUCUCAAAGGCACUUUUCCAACAGCGAUGCGGCUAUGUCACCCAGUCCUGCACCUUUGUUCCCGGCCUAACAGUGGCCCAGACUCUUCACUACACUCCCACCAUAUUAAGUGGCUAUCUGAAGAGUUCCAAGGUGCGACAAGUGCUGGCGGAUCUGGCCCUAUCACAAGUGGCUCACAAGAGAGUGGAAUACCUUAACAUCAGCGAGGCAAGACGUCUGGCCAUUGGAAUACAAUUGGUCAGAGAUCCAGUCAUGCUAUUGUUGGAUGAACCGACGCAUGGCCUGGAUCCCUUGAGUGCCUAUCUGCUGAUAUCAAUUUUGUCCAACACUGCCAAGAAGACCGGCUGUGGCAUUCUUCUUUCCCUGGAGAAGCCACGCUCCGAUGUGUUUCCAUUCUUGGAUCGUGCACUGUUCCUCUGCCUAGGUGGAGUGGUGUAUUCCGGUGGUACUCGUGCCAUGCUAGAGUACUUCCAUGGCAUUGGCUUUCCCUGUCCACAGCUGGAAAAUCCUUUAAUGUACUAUCUCUGCCUGUCCACGGUGGAUCGUCGGAGUCGCGAUCGAUUCUUGGAGUCCAGCCAGCAGAUUGAGGCGUUGGUGGAGCGCUUCUCUCGCGAAACUCCCAUCUCGGAUGCCCCUCUGAAUAACAUGGGAUCAGGCAAGGUGCCUUUGGCUUAUGGGAAACCAGGUGAACUUAAAGUUUGGGUUAUGUUGUAUUUGAAACUACUGGCAUCAACCUUCUCGUGUGGUCUCGUGGGCAUGAAGACGCUUUUCCUCCGCAUGUUAUUACUUCCUUUGGCUUUGAGCAUCCUUUGGGCGUUCUACACAGAUCUCGGGGACGAUGCACAUGGAUUCUUUACCAAAAACGGCAUGAUCCUUAAUAUUUUAGGCUUGUCUUACGGCUGCGGAAUCUUGACCACCAUAUCCCUAUUUCCCAUUUGGCGCAAGAAGUUCUCGCAGGACACACCAGAGGGCCUAUAUUCGGGGACCACUUUACUGAUUGCCUACAACUCCGUGUCCAUACCAUUCUCCGCCGUAUCCGCAGUAAUCGCUAGCUGUGUUCUUUAUCCUCUUCUCUUGGAUGUGAAGUAUAAUAAUGGCAUAGUCUUCGCCUAUUUGCUGGUGGCUCUUUGGUCUAGUUUUGUACUUGCCGAGCAACUUACGAUUGCCUUCCUUUUGGUGGUCAAGGUUCCCUUCAAUGCAGCUAUUGCAGUGACCUAUGUGCUGGUGAUUAGUAUUGCAUUGGCCAGUGGAACUGUGCGCUCCUUCAAAGGCCUCCAACCUUGGCUGCAAGACAACACCAAGGGCACCCACACUCGCUAUGCAUCCUCCUUGCUGCAUAGCAUCGCCUUCCAGUCCCGGAAGCUUAAUUGCACUCCAACAGCUUCCGUGAUCUGUCCCAAGCCAGCUGACUUCAUGCACGAGCGACUGGGAUUGCCGGAUCCAGAUGAAACCAUCGAUGUGGCCGCCUCUUGCGCAUUUGCCGUGGGCUUAGCCGCCUUCAAUAUGUUGGUCUACUUAUUUCCCAUGCCAAGAUGCGUUCGACAGAAGUUCAAGGACUGAAGAUCACUAAUAUAUAUGUUUCUUCUAGAGUUUAGAUUAAUUUAAUAAAAAACUUCUCAAAUUAUAUACUUAAA